AUGGCGACGGAAUUCGACGACGUACUGACAAACCAACCUGUCGUGAUUGACAAUGGAUCCGGGACGAUCAAAGCUGGUUUCGCGGGGGAAGAACAACCAUCAUGUUAUAUACCUUCUUUCGUAGGAAGACCGAAACAUCCGAGGAUUAUGGCUGGUGCUAUUCAAGAAAACCUUUUCAUAGGACGUCGAGCACAAGAACUGAGGGGUUUGUUAAAAAUCAAAUAUCCUAUGGAACAUGGUAUCGUCAAUGAUUGGGAUGAUAUGGAGAGAAUAUGGAGUUGGGUGUAUGGAGAAGGUUUAAAGGCUUUAUCGGAGGAACAUCCUGUCUUAUUGACUGAAGCACCUCUCAACCCUCGACAAAAUAGGGAUGUAGCCGCUCAGAUAUUUUUCGAAACUUUCAACGUUCCAGCAUUCUUCACCAGUGUUCAAGCAGUUCUCAGUCUAUAUUCGUCAGGAAGAACUACUGGAAUAGUGUUAGAUUCAGGUGAUGGAGUCACACAUGCCGUCCCUGUUUUCGAAGGGUUUUCAAUGCCUCAUGCUAUCAGACGAAUAGAUCUUGCCGGGAGAGACGUAACUGAACACCUCCAACUUUUACUCCGUAAAGCGGGUUAUUAUCUCCAUACUUCAGCCGAAAAAGAAGUAGUAAGAACUAUCAAGGAGAAAACUUGUUACCUCGCUCUUAAUCCUGCAAAAGAAGAAAAAGAUCAUGCGGGUGCAUGGGAAGAAUUCAGAUUACCCGAUGGAAAAGUUAUUCAAUUAGGUACCGAACGGUUUUUAGCUCCUGAAAUUCUAUUUCAUCCAGAGUUGAUAGGACAAGAAUAUCCUGGUGUUCAUCAAGUCAUUGUGGAUUCUAUCAAUCGGACGGAUAUGGAUUUGAGGAAGAGUUUAUUUAGUAAUAUCGUUCUUUCUGGUGGAUCUACUUUAUGUACUGGAUUCGGAGAUAGAUUAUUAAACGAAGUGAAAAAACUAGCUUUGAAAGAUGUCAAACUCAAAAUAUAUGCUCCUCCUGAACGCAAGUAUUCCACUUGGAUAGGAGGUAGUAUUCUCGCUGGAUUGAGUACUUUCAAAAAGAUGUGGGUUUCAGCGGAUGAAUACAAAGAAGAUCCCGAUAUCAUUCACAAAAAAGCUUUUUAG